ACGUCAACAUACACACCACAAAACAUGGCUACAUACGACAGCGACUCUGACUUUGAGGACGAGAACUUUACCGAGACCAAUGUCCUGCUCGGCUAUGCGACAAAGGAUCCAGUUGGGCGGACACCCAACGAAAACACUUCACCACCGGGCGACCUGGCCAAAUGCAAAAACUGCAACAACCUCUUGACCCUGCUACUGCAACUCAACGGCGACCUGCCCGACCGCUUCCCUGGCCACGAACGACGACUGUAUCUCUGGGCAUGCAAGAGAAAGGUCUGCAGAAGGAAGAACGGUAGCGUGAGAGCCUUCAGAGCCGUCCGCGCCUCUGCCAUUCCCGCCGAGUCAGAGAAGUCAAAACAGCCCAAGAAGGAAGAGACACCACAGGAAACACCAGCCCCUGCUGCGCCAAAGACCAACCUGGGCGAGUCUCUCUUCGGCGUCAAACCUGCCACUUCGGCCUCUGGUCCCAUCAACCCUUUCUCCACCGGCGGCGCAUCAUCUCGCCCCGCAAAUCCCUUCUCCUCCGCUCCCUCGUCUUCGCCCACCGCUGCCACACCAGCACCCCCACAACCCACCCAAUCCCUAUCCGAGACCUUCGCCACAAAAGCCCGCAUCUCCACUCCAGAACCCAGCUCCUCUGCUCCCCUCACAGCACCCACAGGNCCCUCGCGAACCAUGGCCCCAACAAUCCUCCUUCCCCCACCCUACCCCUCCUACUACCUCGACGCCGACUACGAAACCCUCGACGCCGAGAAGCCAGAAAUCCCCGCCCAGACACGCGUAGACAUGGACAUUGACGCCGGCGAAGGCAGCUCUGGCGCCGGCGCAGACAUGGAUGUAAAAGACGCUUUCGAGUCAAGCAUGGAUAAAGCUUUCCAACGCUUUGCAGACCGCAUGUCGCAAAACCCUGAACAGAUCUUGCGGUAUGAGUUUGCGGGCCAGCCUUUGCUGUAUAGCAAGACUGAUGCCGUUGGAAAAUCAUUGGGCGCCCAUCAAGAUUCUGCUGCUGUGAAUGCCAAAGUAAAGACUACUGCGGCUGUCAAGUCGGGGAUGCCAAAGUGCACAAACUGUGGUGCGGAGAGGUUGUUUGAGUUGCAACUUACUCCGUACGCUAUUGUUGAGCUUGAGGCUGAGGAGCUUGGUCUUGAGGGCAUGGAGUGGGGAACCAUUAUUCUUGGUGUGUGCUCAAAGGAUUGUGUGCAGCGUGGUCAGAAGGAAGCAGAGAUUGGCUACGUUGAGGAAUGGGUCGGAGUCCAAUGGGAAGAGUUGAGCAGCAAGAAGUAA